UACAUGUUAUCUGUUAUCUGUGAUACAUUUCUAUUGUGUGUUUGACGUUUGCAGUGUGGUUAUGUCAUAUUUGGUCAUGUUGAAUAAAUAAUUAAUUAAUCUAUUUAUUUAACAACGGGCACUUCCGAGUAGUUAAACCAAUUUUUAUUUUUUGCAAUGUUAUAGUGUUUUCUAUUUUACGAUAUGGGUGCAAAAGUUUCUAGAACAGAUUUCGAAUGGGUUUUGACAGAAGAGCCGCAUGCCAGCCGGCGAGAAAUGAUUUUAAAAAAGUAUCCACAAAUUAAAAAGCUGUUCGGAUACGAUCCAAGAUUUAAAUGGGUAGCAAGUGCAAUGGUAUUAUCUCAGUUCAUUAUGAUAUUUAUAAUAAAAGACCAGUCCUGGCCUAUCACACUUCUUGCCGCGUAUUGCUUUGGAGGUGUUAUAAAUCAUUCAUUGAUGCUUGCCAUUCAUGAGAUUUCACAUAAUUUGGCUUUUGGACAUAGUCGUCCAAUGCACAAUCGACUCUUUGGAUUUUUCUGUAACCUUCCAAUUGGACUUCCUAUUUCAAUAUCAUUUAGAAAAUAUCACUUGGAACAUCAUAAGUACCAAGGAGAUGAAGUAAUUGACACUGACUUGCCCACAUUAGUGGAGGCUAAAUUAUUUUGUACAACAGUUGGAAAAUUUUUCUGGAUUAUGUUACAACCAUUUUUCUAUGCCUUGAGACCAUUUAUGGUCUACCCCAAACCGCCAACAAAAUUAGAACUUGUAAAUCUAGUUAUACAAUUAACAUUUGAUGGAAUUGUGUGGUAUUUUUUUGGUGGUCGAGUUAUAGGUUAUUUAAUAUUUGGAUCACUGAUGGCAAUGGGCCUUCAUCCAGUAGCAGGUCAUUUUAUUUCUGAGCAUUAUAUGUUUAAGAAAGGUUAUGAAACAUAUAGUUAUUAUGGACCUCUGAAUUGGAUAACAUUUAAUGUAGGAUAUCACAAUGAACAUCAUGAUUUUCCUUACGUUCCUGGAAGGUACCUUCCCGAGGUGAAACGAAUAGCUUCUGAGUUUUAUGAUAAUUUGCCUCAUCAUAAUUCUUGGACUGCAGUGCUAUAUGAUUUUGUUAUGGAUCCUGACAUAGGACCCUACGCUCGUAUGAAAAGAAAAAGUAAAGGCUUAAGAACAUAGUCACUAUAAUAUUGAAAGUAGCUUUAUUUUUUAUAUUUUAAAACAUUGUUAUAUAUAAUAGGUAUAUGUAUACAUGUAUGCAUACAUAUAUAAAAUUUUAUAUACAUACUGAAACUUAAAGUAUUUAUAUCAGCAUUUACACAUUUUUUAUUAUUAGUCAAUUGAUAAUACAUAUUACAAAUUUCAUGCU